AACUACAUAGGUAUAUAUGCGAGUAACACUCCAAAAAAGCUCACGGUGCCGGUUCCCAACUCAUAAGCAAAUUGAAUUACUUUAGAACCUCUGGAAUCUGGAACCUCUCAUAUGUGAUACGCAAAGCUCGAAUUGCAGAAGCUCGUUCCAGAUUUUUUUGUAGAUUGAUGGACUCAAGUCCAAAUUGGUUUGUUUCGCUUUUGAUUAUUGGAUCAGCUUUUUUGCUGGCCAAUGUUGCUUCUGCUGAAGAUGACUACCAGCGCUGUGAGAUUGCUGUAAACAAGUGGGCGACUUCUCAACUUAGUCAAGAAGUUAAAGAAGAUAAACAUACACUUCAUGACCUAUUGUUUUUCCUACAUAUACCGAGGACUGGAGGACGCACGUAUUUUCACUGUUUCUUGAAGAAGCUGUACUCUUCUCGGCUGGAGUGCCCUCGUUCUUAUGACAAAUUACGGUUCAAUCCAAGAAAAGCAAAUUGCAGAUUGUUAGUCACUCAUGAUGAUUAUAGCAUGAUGACUAAGCUGCCAAAUGAAAAAACUUCAGUGGUGACAAUACUAAGGAAUCCUGUUGAUCGUGUAUUCAGUACAUAUGAAUUCUCGAUUGAGGUAGCUGCUAGAUUUUUGGUGCAUCCUAACUUAACUUCUUCCAUACAAAUGGCUGGACGUUUGCGAAAGAAAAACAAGGGGGUUAGCACACUGGAUAUUUGGCCGUGGAAGUAUUUGGUUCCGUGGAUGAGAGAAGACCUAUUUGCUAGGAGAGAUGCUAGGCUGAGUCAGAACCUAAAUCAUGUUGAAAGUAAAGAUUCAUACAAUAUGGAAGACUUUGCUAUGCCACUGCAUCAAUACAUUAAUGAUCCAAUUGCUUUGGACAUCGUUCACAAUGGGGCUACUUUUCAGGUUGCAGGACUAACAAAUAAUUCUUAUUUGGCGGAGUCGCAUGAAGUGCGUACUUGUGUCCAGAAAUAUCAAUCUCUGGGAAAAUCUGUGCUUGAUGUGGCAAAGAGGAGGUUGGAUAAUAUGUUGUAUGUUGGACUGACUGAAGACCACAAAGGAUCUGCAACAACAUUUGCACAUGUAGUUGGUGCACAGGUCAUUUCUCAGUUGGUAGUAUCAAAUUCUAGCAAGGAACAUCAAGCUAAAAAUAUAACAGAACAGAGCUAUUCAAUUGCAGAAUUUCAAUCUCAAAAUGAUCAGCAUGAGACUACCCCUAUUGAUGAAAGCCCAAGAACUCUUUCACCUGCAUCUGGAGAGAUCAGAAAAAGUAAGAUGACCGUGGGAAAACUUGUGGAAGCUUAUGAAACGUGCAUUUCUAAUUUGCGGAAGUCACAAUCACAGCGACGAAUUAAUUCUUUAAAAAGAAUAUCCCCUGUCAACUAUACAAAAGAGGCACGUCGCCAGGUACCAGAAUCAGUUAUUGAGCAGAUAGUUUCCCUUAAUAGACUUGAUAUGGAGCUUUACAAGUAUGCUCAAAAUAUAUUUGCUGGGCAACAUGAGCAGAUGAUACAGAAGUUGUUGCAGGAAAGGCAAAGCAGCAUCCUGAUGAACUCAUAUAUCACUGCACCUUGGGAAAAUAUUUUGUUAAUUACCGCCAUCAUUUUGGUCGUUGUAGCUGUUUUUUCAUUUCUAAAUGCAAAAAGAAGAAUGUCUAAAGUUAAAAUAUGAUAUAUUUCGGUGCCAGCCAACAAAGAUCGGUGCCAAGAAAGGUUGGUAGAAAAGGAACAGUUCACUCUGCAGUGCAGCAGCGCCUGAUCCUUUUUAAAUUUUGAGCGACUUCUGCUGGGGGGCCUCACAAAUGUUGAAGCCCAAAACCAUUAUCUUGCCUGGGUGCCCAUCUCUUCCACAUGCCGUGUGAGGUGAUUUGGUCGACAACUUGAAACUGUGAUUCUUGUGGGUGGUAUUGAUCUGUUACGCUAAUUCUUUUGCCACUCUAUGUUUACCAAUGUAAAGAAUUUCAUUCUGCAAAUGCUGAGAGAUUCGUCCAUUAACUGCCCCAAUUUAAUCUAUAUAUUCAACUUGGACAUAGCAUAA